AUGUCCCUGAAACGUUUCAAACAAAUUUCUGCGAUUUUGCGUUUUGAUAAACGUUCUGACCGAGAAGCAAGAAAACAGAGUGACAAAUUAGCAGCUGUGAGAGAUAUGUGUGAUGAAUGGCUGUUGCCUAUGUUUUAUAAUCCAAAUAUAAAUAUCACAAUUGACGAACAGUUACUUUCAUUUAGAGGUCGAUGUCAUUUCCGACAAUAUAUGCCAAGCAAACCAAGUAAAUAUGGCAUAAAAUGUUGGAUAUUGUGUGACAGUGAAACAGGAUACGUUCGUUCAAAUCAGUGUUUUACUGGAAAACUCCAAGGAAGUGCUCCGGAAAAAUCAAGGAAUGCGUGUAGUUUUGGAUCUGACAGAAGGUUUACAGGGCUACAACCUUACAUGUGA